UUUUUUUAACAGAACCUGAAUUUGGGUCCCCGUCCCCGCGUGCCCUCCUCGGUCUCUGCCGCGCGUGGCCUCCGUCGCCGUCCCAGGGGUUCGAGGAUCCUACAGGCGAGAUGGAGAAGAAGAAGAAGGCGCCGCUGCCAACACCUCAUUUCCACAAAGAGCGGCCUCUUCCUAGAGCAGAGCGGUCCCCCGAUCGACGCUACUCGCCUUACCCUCCUCCGUCCAUGGAUGGUUGCUCUGGAAAGAAUGCUGGAUCUUGGCCCCUUCACCUGACUUACUAUGGGCCUCCAUCUGAAGACCUUCAUGUCGACUGGCGCAAUAAUGACGGGGUUGUGGACAUGGAGCAUUACAGCACAGAGCUGUUUGCAGCGAUGGACAAACAUAGUUUUUGGUCGAUGCACACUUGUACACGCCCACAGUUUGGACCAAACGUCAGCGCUGAGUAUGUGAUUGAUCCUUUGUUGAAGGAUACAUUCCUUGCCAAUCCCCGUUUUAGCUACCUGCUUCCCUUGAUCGGCCACAAAGUAGCUUCUGCAGCUGAGGCUCCCAAUUCAACCACGCAGGUUGGCACAACUACUGGAUACGGGCAGCGUGAUGGUUCUAUAGAAGUCCCUGUCCGCGAAGUUGCUGCUUUGAAGAUUUCUGACAACUAGCCACUAAUGUGCCCAACCAAGUUGCUCCCAGAAGACGAAAAUCAAGAUUUUCAUGGAGGACCCUGAGUUUCAUAUUGAGAUUACGAACCCGUUAGCAGUAACUAUAUGUAUUAGCUACAUCUACCCUAUGUGUGGGCCGCAUCUUCAAGAUCAAUGCGUGCAGGAUAUAUUAAUUUUAACUUGGUGUCUGCGCUGCGCCGCAUCUAUCUAUAUAGUGCAAGAUAUUUAUAAGCUUGGUUCAGGUUGUGUCUGAGAAAGAGUGGCAAUCUGUCACAGAUGAUGCCGUUCGUCUUAUGUAUGCAUAUGAACUGGAAAACUUUAUCUGCGGUGGUGACUAUUUCACAAUGCUUCUUCGAUCA